CAGGAAGUGGCUGCCGCUGCCGCUGCCGCUGCCUCUGCUCCGGUGUUUGCCGCGAUCACGGCCGUGAAAGCGGGCAGCCAUGGGGGGCUUGGAGAAGAAGAAGUAUGAGAGGGGAUCUGCAACCAACUACAUCACCAGAAACAAAGCCAGGAAGAAACUGCAGCUGAGCCUUGCUGAUUUCAGACGCCUGUGUAUCCUGAAGGGCAUUUACCCCCAUGAGCCCAAACAUAAGAAGAAGGUUAACAAGGGCUCCACAGCCGCCAGGACCUUUUACCUGCUCAAGGACAUCAAGUUUCUUCUGCACGAGCCCAUCGUCAACAAGUUCCGGGACUACAAGGUGUUUGUCAGGAAGCUCCGAAAGGCCUACGGAAAGAGCGAGUGGAAUACGGUGGAGCGGCUCAAAGACAACAAGCCCGUUUACAAGCUUGACCACAUCAUCAAGGAGAGGUACCCCACCUUCAUCGAUGCCCUGCGAGACCUGGAUGAUGCCUUGUCCAUGUGUUUUCUGUUCUCGACCUUCCCCCGCACCGGAAAGUGCCACGUUCAGACCAUCCAGCUGUGCCGCAGGCUCACCGUGGAGUUCCUCAACUACAUCAUCACCUCCCGGGCUCUGCGCAAGGUCUUCCUGUCCAUCAAAGGGAUUUACUACCAGGCCGAGGUGCUGGGCCAGCCCGUCGUGUGGAUCACUCCCUAUGCCUUUUCCCACAACCAUCCCACCGAUGUGGACUACCGAGUCAUGGCCACCUUCACCGAGUUCUACACCACUCUCCUGGGCUUCGUCAACUUCCGCCUCUACCAGACGCUCAACCUUCAGUAUCCCCCCAAGCUCGAGGGGCCCAAAGACAAAGAUGGGGAUGAUGAGGCCUACGCCAUGGACUCCGAGAGCUCCCUGGAGAAACUGUCAGCUUUGAGUGCAAGCCUGGCCCGUGUGAUGGUGCCCGUCACAGAGGAGGAGGCAGAGAUGGACGAAUUCCCUGCUGAUGGGGAGAACGCGGAGCAGGAGGAGGGUCUGAGGAAGGAGCGGGAGGCCCAGGACAGGCACAAGAGGCUGUUUGAGGGGCUGAAGUUCUUUCUGAACAGGGAGGUCCCUCGGGAGGCCCUGGCCUUCAUCAUCAGGAGCUUUGGUGGGGACGUGUCCUGGGACAGAUCUCUGUGCAUUGGGGCCACGUACGACGAGAAGGAGCCUUCCAUCACCCAUCAGAUCGUGGACCGGCCCUUGCAGCCCACCCCCGUCAUUGGCAGGUGCUACGUCCAGCCCCAGUGGGUGUUUGACUCGGUCAAUGGCCGGCUCCGGCUGCCGGUGGAAGACUACUUCCCUGGGGUGCUUCUGCCCCCGCACCUCUCCCCUUUUGUGACCGAGAAGGAAGGGGACUACGUGCCCCCCGAGAAGCUGAAGCUGCUGGCCCUGCAGCGGGGUGAGACCCCAGGAAAUGCAACCGAGUCGGAGGAGGAGGAAUCUGAGGAGGACGAGGGAGAAGGUGGUGAUGAGGAGGAGGAGGAGGAGGAUGAGGAAGGUUCGGAGAAGGAAGAUGAGGCCAAACUGAAGGUGAUGGAAGAGCAGAGGACUCUGGGAAAGAAGCCACAGGUGACCAUGGGUACCUUGGACAAGAGGCGUCAGCUGCCCCAGGAGGAGGAGAAUGAGGCCAAGAGGCUGGCCAUCAUGACCAUGAGGAAGAGGGAGAAGUACCUGUAUGACAAGAUCAUGUACGGCAAGCGGCGGAAAGUGCGCGAGGCAAACAAACUGGCCCAGAAGAGGAAGGCCCACGAUGAGGCUGUGAAGGCCGAGAAGAAGAAGAAGAAGAAGGCUCAGGCCUGAGCCUGGCCUGCCUGUGACCCUGCCCUGGAACACUACUGCUCCUGGGCCCGGCCCUGCCCAGGGACUUCUCUCCCAGUGCUCAGGCCUUGGACACUCUGACUGGGAGCUUCCCCGGGGAUUCCUCCCCCAGUGCUGGGCCCUGCCGGGCUCUCGGCCUUUGCUGGUGCCCCAUCCCUGUUCCCAGACAUGAGCUUCAGUGGGGAGGAUCCCGGCUGCGCCUCAUAGUAGAGGCGGGCAGAUGGAAGGCCCAGAGGCCCCGAGGAGGCCACCGGCAGGGUGACCCUUCAUGCUCAGGGCUGCCCUAGACACAGCCUGAGUCUCCAGGCCUCCCUGCCCUCUGCCAUCUGUACAGAUAGGACUUGCCGAUGCUUUAUAUCUGGGGAAAAUGUUUCCUAAUAAAUCUGUGGACUGAUGUAGCCGCUGUGCCUUCCGUCCUGGAGCCUUUCUGCUUCUGGCCCAAGGGGCCUCUGCAGUGUGCUGGGUGACAUUGCUUCCUGGCCAGGCAGUCUUGGAAUGCCAGGACAUAGAAGGUUCCAUCCCUGCCCUCAUGGAGCUAACAUGAUUAAAGCACCUAAUGUGUGC